AUGGACUUCUUCACCAUGCUAAACCAACGGCAGCUGGACCAGAAUAGCGAGAUCCGCAGACUGUACCGCGUCUCGGUGUGCUACGCGGCGGCGGCGCUCGUGGCCCUGCUUUUAGCAUCGGUGACACUUUCCGCGGACGCCUCGCCCGAGGCGCGAAAAAGCGGUUUCUGGUCCGCUCUCUCUUUGCUGGUCUUUUUAAGCCUCAUCGUCUUGGCCUACGCCAUGAUGGUGCGGGCACUCAAUGUUCUUAGUACCAACCGCUUCAUCCUUCCCUCCGCCUAUGCCUCGCCUCGCCCCAUCCCCUCGACCCUUUUCAUCUCAUUGCCCCAUGAGGUUUUCACAUGUAGACAACGCGUCUUGCUCACGUACGCGCCACUGCUCCUCACUCUUCUCUGCCUCUAUGCUGGGAUCGUCGCAAGUUCCUACAGAGUCUAUUUGUGCUUCCUGCUGUUGCUCGUAGUGGCGUUCUGCCUCUUGUGGAGUAUUUUGCGCCGCAUGAUGAACUCUGCACGAUGA